AUGGCAUAUGACAGAUUUGUUGCUAUAAGUAAACCUUUACGAUACCACAGCAUUAUUACCCCCAGGGUACUUAUCAUAUUGAUAGCUUUAUCUUGGAUUUAUCCAAUGUUUUCUAUUGGUAUUGGCAUCAUUUUGAUUGCUAGACUAAGACUGUGUGGUAAUGAAAUAAAUAAAUUGUACUGCAACAACUGGAUUAUUGCAAAGCUCUCCUGUGAGAAUGCUAUGAUUGAUAACAUCUACAGCUUUGUUGUGCUUGUAACAACAGUUUUGAUUCCCUUGACUUUUGUUAUAUAUUCUUAUAUUAAAAUUCUUUUAAUCUGUCAGAGAAGUUCAAAAGAGGUAAGGAAGAAAGCUUAUCAUACUUGUCUUCCUCAUUUGGUGACUUUCACUAAUUACUCAAUUACUAUUUUCUGUGAAGUGACCUUUAGCCGUUUUGAGAAUUUACAUCCAGCAGUAGCUGUUAUUCUCUCUCUAGAUCUUCUAAUUGUACCGCCUCUCUUAAACCCCCUUGUUUACGGCUUGAACUUUCCUGAUAUUCGCAGAAAAAUUACAAAUCUAAAAAUAUCUAAACAAUCUGUUCAUCCCAAAUUUGCACACUAA